AUGUGGGUCUGGGGGGGGGCCCGGGACACCUCUGACCCGGGGCCCAGACUGUGGGGGGUUCAAGGGGAGGGAGGGGGAGCUGUCUGGACCCACACUGACCUCAUUGACCACUGCUCCUCCAGACAGCAGCAGCCACCGAUGCCCGAUCGAUAUGUCACGAAGGAGUGGCCCAGAGGUGGGGGAGGGGGGCAGGAAGCACCAGGAAGCACCAGGAAGCAUCAGGAAGCACCAGGAAGCAUCAGGAAGCACCAGGAAGCACCAGGAGACACCAGGAAGCACCAGGAAGCAUCAGGAAGCACCGGGAGACACCAGGAAGCAUCAGGAAGCACCAGGAAGCACCAGGAGACACCAGGAAGCACCAGGAAGCAUCAGGAAGCACCGGGAGACACCAGGAAGCAUCAGGAAGCAUCAGGAAGCAUCAGGAGACACCAGGAAGCACCAGGAGACACCAGGAAGCACCAGGAGACACCAGGAAGCAUCAGGAGACACCAGGAAGCACCAGGAGACACCAGGAAGCAUCAGGAAGCACCAGGAAGCACCGGGAGACACCAGGAAGCACCGGGAGACACCAGGAAGCAUCAGGAGACACCAGGAAGCAUCAGGAGACACCAGGAAGCACCAGGAAGCAUCAGGAAGCACCAGGAAGCACCGGGAGACACCAGGAAGCAUCAGGAGACACCAGGAAGCAUCAGGAGACACCAGGAAGCAUCAGGAGACACCAGGAAGCAUCAGGAAGCCCCAGGAAGCACCGGGAGACACCAGGAAGCAUCAGGAGACACCAGGAAGCACCAGGAAGCAUCAGGAGACACCAGGAAGCACCAGGAAGCAUCAGGAGACACCAGGAAGCACCAGGAAGCAUUAGGAGACACCAGGAAGCACUAG